AUGAACAUGCCGAGCAUCGACGAUGAUUCGAGUGUAAGACCUACACAUGCACACGUCUCUGCACCUUGGCUCACCGCGCCUAGCGUAUCCCGUCGCAAUUCAGUCAGCCACUCAGAGGCUUCCUCGCUCGGCGGUCACAUCUCCAUGGCCUUUCCUACCGCACCUCCUCGCUCGAUCGCGCCGCUGAGUAUGCCACAACCACAGCUUGGGCCACCUUGGCACUACGAGUCCUCGCAACCCUCUCCCUUGUUUUCGGAAAUGCCGCUAUCAGAAUCGCCCGGAGGACGCAGCUCGCAUGCCAGUGCUAGCUUUCCGAGCCAUCCCGAGUGGCAUCAAGACUACGCAUGGUCGGGAACUCGACCGCAAGCGCCAAUGAUCGUCUCAAGCGCGCCAGAUGCCAUGCACUCGAUCAUGCUCAAUCCCUGCAUGGCGCCUCAUUGCCACUAUGGCCAGCCUUGUGAGCAGCAGGACAAUCACAGCAGACAUUACUAUGGCUCUGUGCCCGCUCCGGCGUGGUGUUCACUCAAUCCUUGCCAGCAUCAAGUUUGUCGCGAUUGUGGCUCGGCUGUCAUUACGUCCAAUACCAAGCCUCUCCCCGUUUAUCCAGCCUAUGAUCUCCCUUACGCGGGAUCGCCCGCUCCAGCAGCAGAGCCCAUGCCAAGUCCGCUGCUGUCUGCUGGUACGACUAGCGCUACUCAGUCGCCUGCCCUAUCGAUGAGAGCCGGCUCCAGCUCGGUCUUUACCUCGCCAGAGAUGUCCACUCAUGGUGGCUUCGACCAGGCGCUCAUCCAAUCUGGCGGAAGUGACCAGAACCAGCAGACAUGGUAUAGCCCGCAGCCUUGUUAUCCUGGUCAGCUUGGUGCACACCAUUGCUUUUGCGGUUCGCCAGUCUUCAGCCUUGAGGCGGUCUGGCAGCAGCCACAAUAUCCGCCUAUUCAAUAUCAACACGAAACCAUGCCACCGCCUCGCAUGACCCCGAGCGCACCUCUUCCGAUGAGUCCAUCACCUGUCGGGCCGUCCAGUCAGGUUCUACCGCUAGAUCGUACUCCCUCGGUAUACUACGAGUCUACACGAUCGAGCUUGCCUUCGCCCGUCGAGAUGUAUACUCCCGGCCACUUUCGUGCUCGUGGCAACAAGAACAAACAUCGACCCUUGCCGCGACCAAGACUCGGUCUUCCACGAACGUCUCAACAGAUCCAGCAGGAGAUGCAGAACGGCACGCAUCCCAGUGCAGAGUUCCUGCGCGAGUCACGCGUCUUUGGCUAUCGCACGGCUAGAGAUCUCGGCACGGCUACCUGGCCAGUGCUCAAGCUUGAGGGCAUCGACAAAUCAGUCACGCUCGCCGAUAUCGAGACUUGGCUACCUUCGGCUGUUCUCGCUCCUCAGAAUCUACUCGCUCACAGUAUACACUUUAACAUCCAAUAUCACACUGGUAUCACCCUGCCGGAGCUCUACAUUGAAGUUGCCUCGAUGCAAGCCGUCGAUGAGAUCCUCGCGAAAUGCCAAGGGCAAAUGCUGAAAGGCAAGAACAUCUCGAUCGACAUGACUACCGCCGUCGAGCUUAUCUCCAAGCUUUUCGCACUCUCCGCUCUGCAUCACACCCGUCCCGAGCCUCACAACGUCCUCAGCGAACUGCGCAAACUCCAGCUACUGUGUGCAGACGCAGUCAAACCGAGCAAGGAGAGCACAUCGCCGCGCGAGCGGCCCUUCUAUCACACGGCGAGCCUGAUCUGCAAGUAUCCUUGGUCAGUGCCGGCCUAUGCAACGCAGAAGCAGCAAGAAGCUGUCUUUGAUACAGCCAUAGUCGCUCUCCGGCUUGCGCAAGAGCAUGCGUCGGUCUUGCGCUGUACCGAUGGCAUCAUCUCGGCGUUGCUUCGAAGCGUCUCUCAAAGCUCGGGCUUGACCAAGGUGCAAAAGGAGCUUUUUGCUGAUGCCGUGCGUUCGCCGCCAAUUCCAAAAGGUAGCGAGCCCGUCGGCAAUCCACCCGGAUACAGAUCGCAGGAUGCUCGACGCGGCAAAAGCAAGCGGCGCGGUCACGCUCGCUCGCACGGCUCUGGUCAAGCCAGAGGCACCUCAGCUCAGUUUUAG